CUUCUUGUUUCUUCUUCUUUUCAACUUCUUUUCUACUUGGGGGAAUUUAUUCAGUUUCUUUGGUCACUGAAUUUCCCCCUUCAAUCUCAAUUCAUCGCGUUUCUGCCCCUCUCUCACUAACUACAGGUACAUACUAGCUACCGUCUAACCAGGAACAAGCACAAUGCCCCCGAACAACAAGAAAAAGAAGAAGCCCGCGGCCAACCCAGCUCGAGGUUUCGCUACUACGUCCAUCCCCUCCAAGCCCAAGCCGGAAUCGACUACGUCCACCCCGCCAACCGCAGCAACAACAACUCCAGCAGAGUCCAAGACAACCUCCGCACCACCGGAAACAGAUCAGCCCACACCUGCAGAGAGAGCCCAGCCCUCCGAAACACAGACAAAAGACACGCAGUCGCUGCACCAGUAUACACCGGAGCAGUUGGAGAAGCACCUGGAGGACGCGGAACUUCAACUACUGGUCGAAAAACACGCGUCGAAGUGUAGGAGCGAUGCUGCUCGGCAUGUGACGAAGCUGGAGACGGAGCGACGGGUCAUGCGACAGCAGGCGUCCGGCUCGCUGAAUGUUUUCGAAUGGUUGCCGGCGGAUGUGUUGAACCGGAUCCUGGGUCUCGUUGAGACGGAGGAAUGUGAGCUCAGUCCACAGCCAGGCGCGAAACGGACAUUCUCGGAAGAGGAUCUAUAUAUGAAGCUAUGGACCCUGAAAGAGACCUUGAUUAAACUUGGAUUUCCCGAGACAAGGGUAGAUGAAGCUUUGAAGCAUCUUUUGGUCUAUUUUGCAGGCAAUACUGUUCCUACUAAUAGGGAUGCUUUGUGGAAUAUGGACGAGAUACUAGACUGGUUUGCUCUGCACUGUGAUCCCGCUGAGCUCCCAUCUUAUGCUAGGACGGGUGCACAGCUGCCCAAAUAUUCAGAUAAAACGAUAUCCUGGAUAACUGAGGGCGACCAGCAAAAGUCCGGCCCCGCGCAAGGUGAAAGCAAAUGGACUAAACCUUCUAAGCCCGAGUCCAAAGCUCCAACACCCCCAGCCCUGGACUAUGACUCCGAUAGCUCGCUUGAACCGGAUACCUUGGUCCCUAAGUACUUGGAUUUGCAGAUCAAGCUGUACAGCCUCUGUCCAGACCUCUACGACAAGCCGAAAAAGGGAAAGAAAUCUGGUCGGGAUAAUACGGACAGUGGCUCUAACGAUCCGCAAGCAGCAAAGAUUCAGCGCAAGAUCUCCGGCAUUGAAAAGGACGUGCUUUUCGACCGUGAAGAGGCGGAGUACAAAUGGAGAGAAAGGCUCGAGGAUCUUAGGAAAGAGGCAUCGUUUUUCCGGCGUACUCAGCGCGAGGAAGAAAAACCUCCUGCUGAGGAUCAAGAGCAACCAGAGGAGACGAAGCCGGAGCCGGAGCUGGAGAGUGAUGUGCUGGCCGCUGCUGGUGACAACGAGAAUGCAGACCUGCUUGGAGACAUGUUUGGGGUCGAAGAACCAGAGUUGGAUUUUCCGGUCUCAGUCCUCGACGGGUAUUAGAGGAAACGUGCAAGUCCAGGGACACCGGGUGCAAGAUCAUUUUCAAGGACUUUUCCGCUUCAUCGUACCAGAACAGAAAGGCAAUUGAAGUGCGAUGGUCGAAACCGCAGGAAGUCCCGUUCGAACUGUCGCUCGACAUGGUGACGCACAAAUCGAACGCAUACGCUACGUACGUUUCUAUGGACAACAUCGCAACGCCAACUCAGCAACAAGCAGAAGCAUAUGUCUCGACGCUAGCUCUCUUCAUCCUGUUCCCACAGAACUCCAAGGAGGGCAAAGCCUACAUGCGGCUCCCAGCGGUCUGGAGGGACCUUUGGACCGAGCUUGCGACUGUCAAAAAGACACAGGAGGACGAAAUCGACAAGAAGACCGUC